UAAGCUGCUGGCUCUUAUGCCUUCUUUAUUUCGUUGUCAAUUUCAACCCGAGCUCGCACCUGAAGGAACUCGAAAGACAAUACCAUAUCGCAAACCCUCUCUCUCUUUCUCCCGCCAGCCAUGAGUCUCUUCGGCCUGGGCAGAAGCAGGAAAAUGAUACAUGGGCUUGUGAUGAGUUUUGACAGAUCUGUUGUAUGGAAACCAGAGAACAUUCCGUCCAAAAAAGAGCGCACCCUCAGGGAGUAAGGGGGCACAACUAAGAAAGCACAUUGAUGCCACCCUAGGCAGUGGAAAUCUGCGGGAGGCAGUAAAACUUCCUACAGGGGAGGAUCUGAAUGAGUGGCUUGCUGUCAACACUGUUGAUUUCUUCAACCAAGUAAAUUUGCUAUUUGGUACCCUCACAGAGUUCUGUACCGAUGAGCAUUGUCAAACGAUGACUGCAGGCCCCAAAUACGAGUAUAGAUGGGCUGAUGGGGAAAAAAUAAAGAAACCAAUUGAGGUUUCUGCUCCAAAAUAUGUUGAGCUUUUAAUGGACUGGAUUGAAGGCCAGCUUGAUAAUGAAUCCAUCUUUCCUCAAAGGCUUGGGGCACCCUUUCCUCCCAAUUUCAAGGAUGUUGUGAAGACAAUUUUCAAAAGAUUAUUCCGCGUAUAUGCCCACAUCUAUCACACUCAUUUCCAAAAAAUUGUAAGCCUCAAGGAGGAGGCCCAUCUAAAUACAUGCUUUAAGCAUUUCAUACUAUUUACUUGUGAAUUUGGGCUAAUUGAAAGAAAGGAGCUGGCUCCACUUCAAGAGCUCAUAGAUUCCAUCAUUGUUCCUUACUAGACGGAUUGGCUUAUCUUGUGAAACAUAACAUAUCAGGGAAACUUGAUUGAACUAAAUCAAAUAAAUACUGCUCAGUGUAUGACUUAAGGGUUUCCAUCAAGUGGAUUUAUAUUUCAAGUUGA